AUGGCACCCGGCCCCUCAUUCAAGAGUUUCUGGACAAAUUUCUUCCCGCCAAGCCCACAUUUCACCGAGAAAGAUGUCCCAGAUCUGAAGGGAAAGGUCUACAUCGUCACAGGCUCCAAUACAGGCAUCGGGAAGGAAGUAGCGCGUAUCCUCUACAGGAAAAACGCUAAAGUCUAUAUUGCUGCACGGUCCGAGGAGAAAGCCAAGCGUGCCAUCGAGAGUAUCAAAGCUACCGCUCCCGGCUCAACAACCGGCGAGCUCAUCUUCCUUCUUCUCGAUCUCGCCAAUCUCUUCAGCGUCCAGGCCGCGGCGCAUCAAUUCCUCGCCCAGGAGCAGAAGCUCAAUGUCCUCUUCAACAAUGCCGGCAUCAUGGUACCGCCUGUGGAACCCCCGCUGAAGACGGCACAGGAUUACGAACUUUCAAUAGGCGUGAACUGCGUCGGCACAUUUCUCUUCACUAAGCUCUUGACGCCCCUACUCGUCUCGACUGCAAAGUUGGAGCCGGCCGACACGGUCCGUGUUGUCUGGCUCUCCUCGUUCGGGCUUGAGAUUUCCGGACACGAGAACGUGGGCGUCUCCGUCGACAACCUCGACUACCAUAUCCCGAAGCCCGCUAACGAUCGCUAUGGGGUCAGCAAGAGCGGCGUCUGGGCUCUGGGCGUCGAGUACGCUAGACGCCACAAAGCCGACGGUAUAGUUAGCGUGCCGAUUAACCCCGGAAACCUUCAAACCGAGCUCCCCAGAGAUCAGGGCGCCGUAUUGAAGCUUGUGGCCUGGUUAAUGUGCUAUCCCGCCGUUAAUGGGGCAUAUACGCAGUUGUAUGCCGCCUUCUCCCCCGAAAUCACGAUUGAAAAGGCGAAUUGGUCUGAGAAUUGGGUGAUUCCGUGGGGAAGACUCCACCCGCUUAGACCAGAUCUGCCCCAGGCCACAAAGCUCGCAUCUGAGGGUGGAACAGAAGGCACAUCCAAGUUUUGGGAUUGGAAUGAGGAACAGAUCAAGCAGUACCUUUGA